CGAGAAAUGGAUACAAAGAAAAAAGAAAGACUCUGUCAACUCGUAACCCAAAUCGCACGAAACGCCUCCUUUCCUCUCUUCUCCUCUUCUCUCUGCUCUAAAUAAUUCAAUUUCAUUCCUCUGAAUUCAACUCCACGCUCUCGCUUUCUAUCUCUCUAUCAAAACCUCUCUCUCUAAAAAAUGGGUUCGGGCACUAGUCGACUGGGGAGGCGCCCAUCACGGGCCCGACUGAAUCGCAGUACUCGCUCCAGUUUAUUCUCUUCUCUCAUCUGCGGUGGCUCCUCUUCUCGCGCUACUCUUGAGAUGGAAAAUCAUCCAGGUGAAAUUCUGGUGAAUUCUGCAAAACAUUGUGAUCCAGUAACCAGUGAGGUCUGGAAUCUCGCGGAGGAAUCUUCUUUCAUUUCUGGUAUAGGAACAAGCUCUAUCAGCUCUGUUACUGAAACUGGAGCAUCAUCCGGAAGCAGUAUUACAGCCAGUGAGGGAAUCUCUGCUGAAGAUGGUUUGAGAAAUGAUGGAACAAGUAAUCAGGGAAAAUGCUUCUUUGAAAGUAAGGAGUUGGUUUCUUCCUAUCAGGUAAGUGACCAUAGUAGACUUAGUAGUCAUGAUGAAUCUUGUAGUCAUAGAAGUAUUACCGAAGCUAGUACUUCAUUUAAAGAACAACAAUCUUCAGAUCCUGUCUCUGUAAAUGUUUUGGCUAACAAGGAUGCGGUCGAUGGCAUUGAAAAUUCAGAGGACAAGGGUGGUUCUCAUAUCUCUCCUGAGAUCAUACAUCCGAGCAGUUCGUCUCCUGAAGGGCUUGGAGAUGCACAUGCUGAUGGGGUUUCUAUUGAGAAUCACAUGGCUGAAGUUACAAGCAUGUUUACUUCCGACUCUGAUUCCGUACCUCAUAGGUCUGAGGUUCCAGGAACUUUUCAUUCUCUACGAGAUGAAUCUGUACCAGAAGCAAUACCUUCAGGUUUAGGAUUUCUUGUGGCCAAUAGGGAACAGGACCGGGGAGAUGGAAGUGUACUUCAUGUAGAUGUGGUAAGCAUCUCUUCCAGCAUUUUGUCUAGCAGCAAUGCUGACACGAGUGGCCAUGAUGCCAGAAGAAACAGUAGAAGACUUUUUUGGGAUGCAUUUUCAAGGCGCAGUUCUAGGAGGCAUCUCGACUCUCCGACUAUUGUUUUCUCAGCAGAUAAUAGUGAUGAUCUACUAUCUCACGAGAGAUGGCUCCUUGAUUUCAGUGGUGACUUUUUUGAUGACGGGAUUGGGAUGGGCAGUGAUUCUGGAUACCCUGGCAGUAGAAUUCACAGCUUGAAUGGACGAAGGCGACACUCGAGAUCUGAGAUCUGGGAAAGACUUCGUGGUGGCCUUGAUGAGCAUGGUCGGAGAACUACCUUUUGUCCAUCUGGACUCCAUGCUGAUGGUACAUGCUCAUGUGAAUCAUUGCCGACAACUGAGGAGUCUAGUAAUCGUGCAAGUAUAUCACGAAUAGUCAUGCUUGCUGAAGCUCUUUUUGAGGUUCUGGAUGAAAUUCAUCACCAGCCUAUGUCACUUUCCCUAUCAAUGGUAUCCCUACCAGCCCCGGAAUCAGUUGUUGACUCUUUUCCUCUUAAGAAUCACAGGAAGGAGGACAAAGUUGAGGGCAGUGAUGAUGUUGAACAGUGUUACAUCUGUCUAGCCGAGUAUGAGGAAGGGGAGAAAAUAAGAGUCCUUCCCUGCCACCAUGAGUAUCACAUGUCUUGUGUCGACAAAUGGCUUAAAGAGAUACAUGGCGUAUGUCCACUGUGUCGUGGAGAUGUUCGUCAGGGUGCCAACGAGCCUUCUGCCAGCGUGUUUUCUGUUCCUAAUCCAGAAAUCCCUUAUAUUUGAUAGAAUUGUAUAUAUGAACGUAAAUGGUAGCCUUUGUUUCACUUGACCCCCUUUUUCUCCUCUCUUCCUCUCCUCCUCAGCUUUAUUUACGGUUUUUAAAUAUCUUUUGUUGUAGAAUCAUAUAUUGUCAUUAUGUAGAAUUUUUAAAGGCCAAAAAAGAAGGGUUUUAUGGCUUAA